GCUCUCACCAUAUUUAGCCAGUCAGAGCCCCCGAGGAGGCGAGCGAGUCGGUGCUUGAAAACCGGCCUGGAAAAGCAACAAAAACGGUUUCUGGACUUGACAUCUUGACAACGCUCAGCGACGAGAUAAAGUGUCGGGAAAAAACAACAACCUGAGACAUUUUAACAGCUAUUUGGUUUGUUGAGAACAGCCGCGUUUCGGAUGGGAAUUUCGGCUAAGCGAGCUGGCUGGCUGGCUAGCUAAGUUAGCAUGGCACCAAGCUAGCUAAACUUUUAGCUACUUCGCGAGCGCAGACGCGAGUCAUUCUUGUCACGAACAAAUUUUUUUUUUUUUUUUUUUUUUGAAUAAAUAAAAAAAUGUUUUCCUCUGUUUGUUGUUCUGGGUAGUUGAGCCAAAUUUUCUGGACGUUAGACUAUCCUCCGACAAGCUACCGUGUACAGUUAGCUAGCGCCGUCGUUCUGUCAGGGCAAGCGGUGAAGAGUGACCGAGCGUCCGUGGUCGAGUCGCGGGGAGACGGAAGAGCCCCUGACGCCCGGGGCGGCCCCUCUCGCCCCGCGAGUAACGCCAUUUCUAACCGCAUUUCUGGACGAGAAUCUUUACAGAUAGUACAUUUGGGUUGUACCUGGGAUUUUCCUUGGAUUUUUCUCUCGGGAAACCGGAGUUUUCUUCUUCUGUGAGCCGGGGAAGGAACCGGACAGAGAGCCUCAUGAAUGGAAAUCGGAACUUCAGGAGUCGUUGGGGCCCAGUCCCUGUUCUCCAUGCCCCGGAGGCCUGGCUAUGGCACCAUGGGGAAGCCCAUCAAGCUGCUGGCCAACUGCUUCCAGGUGGAGAUCCCCAAGAUGGACGUCUACCUCUACGAGGUGGACAUUAAACCUGAGAAGUGCCCACGCAGAGUCAACAGAGAGGUGGUGGACUCCAUGGUGCAGCACUUUAAGGUGACCAUCUUCGGGGAUCGCCGGCCGGUCUAUGAUGGAAAGAGAAGCCUCUACACAGCAAACCCGCUUCCAGUGGCCCCCGCAGGGGUGGAUUUGGACGUCACGCUGCCGGGAGAAGGGGGUAAAGACCGGCCUUUUAAAGUCACCAUUAAGUUUGUGUCUCUGGUCAGCUGGCAUCUGCUGCAUGAGGUGCUGACCGGACGCAGCAUGCCCGAGCCUCUGGAGCUGGACAAGCCCAUCAGCACCAACCCGGUGCACGCGGUGGACGUUGUGCUCAGGCACCUGCCCUCCAUGAAAUACACUCCAGUGGGCCGCUCGUUCUUCUCUGCUCCGGAGGGUUACGACCAUCCUCUUGGGGGAGGAAGAGAGGUCUGGUUCGGCUUCCAUCAGUCCGUUCGACCCGCCAUGUGGAAGAUGAUGCUCAACAUUGAUGUGUCAGCCACGGCCUUUUACAAAGCACAGCCGGUCAUCCAGUUCAUGUGUGAGGUCCUGGACAUCCACAACAUUGACGAGCAGCCCCGUCCCCUCACCGAUUCUCACAGAGUCAAGUUCACCAAAGAAAUCAAAGGUCUUAAGGUGGAAGUGACGCACUGUGGAACCAUGCGGAGGAAGUAUCGAGUGUGUAACGUGACCCGCCGACCUGCCAGCCAUCAAACGUUCCCCUUGCAGUUGGAAAAUGGACAAACGGUGGAGCGGACCGUCGCCCAGUACUUCCGAGAAAAGUAUAACCUGCAGCUGAAGUACCCUCACCUGCCGUGUCUGCAGGUCGGCCAGGAGCAGAAACACACCUACCUACCCCUGGAGGUGUGUAACAUCGUAGCAGGUCAGCGAUGCAUCAAGAAACUGACCGAUAAUCAGACGUCCACUAUGAUCAAAGCCACUGCGCGCUCGGCACCGGACCGACAGGAGGAGAUCAGCAGACUGGUACGCAGUGCCAACUACGAGGCCGACCCGUUCGUGCAGGAGUUCCAGUUCAGGGUGCGGGACGAGAUGGCUCACGUGACGGGCCGUGUGUUGCCCGCGCCCAUGCUGCAGUACGGGGGCAGGGUGAGCUCAGAGAACUUUCUGAACCGGACCGUGGCCACGCCCAGUCACGGUGUGUGGGACAUGCGGGGAAAGCAGUUUCACACCGGUGUAGAGAUCAAGAUGUGGGCCAUCGCAUGCUUCGCCACACAGAGGCAAUGCCGCGAGGAGAUCCUUAAGGGGUUCACGGAUCAGCUGCGCAAGAUCUCGAAGGACGCCGGGAUGCCCAUCCAGGGCCAGCCGUGUUUCUGUAAGUACGCGCAGGGAGCCGACAGCGUGGAGCCCAUGUUCAGACACCUUAAGAACACCUACUCCGGCCUGCAGCUCAUCAUCGUGAUCCUGCCGGGGAAAACACCUGUCUAUGCGGAGGUGAAGCGUGUAGGAGACACUCUCCUAGGAAUGGCCACUCAGUGCGUGCAGGUGAAGAACGUGGUGAAGACGUCACCGCAGACGCUCUCCAACCUCUGCCUCAAGAUCAACGUCAAACUCGGCGGCAUCAACAACAUCCUGGUACCACAUCAACGGCCAUCAGUGUUCCAGCAGCCUGUGAUCUUCCUGGGUGCAGACGUCACACACCCUCCUGCUGGAGACGGAAAAAAGCCGUCCAUCGCUGCGGUGGUAGGCAGUAUGGACGCCCACCCCAGUCGGUACUGUGCCACCGUGAGGGUGCAGAGGCCGCGGCAGGAAGUGAUUCAGGACUUGGCCUCCAUGGUACGUGAGCUCCUCAUCCAGUUCUACAAGUCCACUCGAUACAAACCCACCCGGAUCAUCUUCUACAGGGACGGUGUGUCCGAGGGCCAGUUCAGACAGGUGCUGUAUUAUGAACUGCUGGCUAUCCGGGAGGCAUGCAUUAGCCUGGAGAAAGAGUACCAGCCCGGCAUCACCUACAUCGUGGUGCAGAAACGCCACCACACCCGCCUGUUCUGCGCCGACCGCAAUGAGAGGGUGGGUCGCAGCGGAAACAUUCCUGCUGGUACGACCGUCGACACGGACAUCACGCACCCUUACGAGUUUGACUUUUACCUCUGCAGCCAUGCUGGAAUACAGGGCACAAGUCGCCCCUCUCACUACCACGUGCUGUGGGACGACAACUGCUUCACAGCCGACGAGUUCCAGCUGCUCACCUACCAGCUAUGCCACACGUACGUGCGCUGCACACGCUCCGUCUCCAUCCCUGCUCCUGCCUACUACGCCCACCUGGUGGCCUUCCGUGCCCGCUACCACCUGGUGGACAAAGAGCACGACAGUGCCGAGGGAAGCCACGUCUCGGGUCAGAGUAACGGCCGAGACCCCCAGGCUCUGGCCAAAGCUGUGCAGAUUCACCACGACACCCUGAGGACCAUGUACUUCGCCUGAGAGCCCUGAUUCAUCCCACUCGCUCGCCCACACACCCUCCUCCUAAAUGCGGACCGGACACUGUGCGGCAGGAAGCGGUGGGGGUUUCGUCGGGGUGGGGGGUGGGGUUUGUCGCCAAUCCCAAAAGCGGCCUGACCGCGCACACCUGCUUUAAAACCACACCCAAAACUCAGCACUGUUAUGCAAUAUUAAACCAGCCAACCACGUUUUCUUAUUUAUUUCGGAGGAAGGUGACCCUUGCACCAAACAAAAGGGAGUUCCCACCCCCACCCCACCCCCGUUUGUCUGCUUGAUUUGUUUACCUCAAGGUUGUAACAGCAGCACUUUGACCGCCCAGGUUUUGCAGGAAGGAGUUGGGAAAGGGACGAGUUUGUCUUCUAGAUUGUCAGUUGUUCUGAAUUAUAUGUUAGGAAUAUCUCAAAUUCACACACGAGCUCUAAUUACAAGUGCCACCCAUUCGGUCCAGAUGUUAUAACAAACUGCUUUUCUUUUUCUUUUUUUUUCUUUCUUUCUUUUUUUUUUCUUCUUUUUUCUUUAGAGCUGUUUCUUUCCUUGAAGCUUCAUGCCAAGUUCGUCGUCCCAUUGUGAUUCAGAUCGCUGAGCUUUUAUUUACUACAAUGCGAAGUGAUCUUAUUUUUAACCUUUGUGUAUAAAAUUGUAGGUUUUUUUUUUUUUUUAAUCUGGUUUUGUUUUUAAUUUCUCCCAGUAUUUAUUUGCCUGUUUUUAGAUGAAUUUUGACUGCUUCUCCCCCCCCCCCCCUCCUUCCCUGCAUUCUCCUUUUCCCUCCUUCUUAUUCUUUCUUCUCUUGUUUUAAAAACCGAGUAGAGGCCAUGUUACAGGACAGAUUGUGAUAUUUAUGUGGUUUUAGUGCAAUAAUCGAUCAGCGCCUAUGUAGAGUACAGCUUUCAGGAUCAUGUGAGAACGGUGUAGGGAUAAGGAUGUGAGGAAAAGGAUUGCAACCCAGCGCUCUGUACCUGAGUAGGAGAUGGAGGGUUGUCGUGUAGAAGGUGGAAACGUGUAUGUUUGGCACUUUUACAGUUGCAUGCGCAUACAUAUAUAUAUAUAUAUAAAGUGUAUAAUAAAAUACUAGAUCUCUUUGACGAGGGUUCGAAAUCAAGUGCCUGGUUUUAGAAAAGGAAUAUUUUCUAGAAGGUUUUUUUUUUUUAAUGGAAGAUUUUAAGAAAAUGGUUCGCUGGAGUUGUGAUUAUUAUUAUUAUUAUUAUAAUUAUUAUUUAGAGGUCACAACUUUAUUCGAUUGCAGAAAGCCAUGAUCUGUUCUUAACUUCUGUUUUGUGAUUGAACACAAGGUUAAGAAUUCCUUUCACUGGUCAGUAUUGCGUGAUCGUCUUUGGAUUCAGUACGAGUCCUCUCCCAGCUUUUUAUCCUGCACAGCAGAAACGUAUUCUACCAUCGUCUGCCAUUUCUGAUCAGGAUCUAGCUGCUAUUGUAAAGGUUCCUUUGACGAGACUGACGGCGUGCUUCGGGUUCAUUCAAGGAUGAAAGCGAGCAAGUGAAGUGAUGCAGCGACACACGGGGUGUGGGUGUGUGUGUGUCUCGUGCUUGUUCACCAGAGGGCCAGUAGAGGGCAGUGUGGCGUUUUACUUGCUGGCUCUCUUCCUCCUUCUGAAGCAUGUCCCGUUUCGUAAGCGAGGGGACAGUAACCUGCACUAAUUGAAGCUGAAUAAAGCUUGGUGCUAUACUGUGCAUCGUUUAUGGUGCACACUACAGAGAUUUUGAUGUGAGGGUGGGAACAUAGUGUGCGCAAAUGGUGCUGGCUACAUAUCUCUUUUUGUUACAACAGACAUUUGGGUUGUGUUUGAUUAGGCGUGCUGUUUGAAGAGGACAGAUGUGGUACCUUUUGAUACCCAGACCUCAAACCAGUUCACGUCAUGCUAAAUGGUCCCUGAUGACGUUUAUCAAUUUUAUUACUUACCAGAAGGAAAAGAAAUUUUAAUAAAUCAGACUUCCUUUCCAGUCCAAUCCAGAGCUGACGUAUUUAUAACUCUCUCCUUUUUUUUUUUUUUUUUCUUUCUUUUUAUUUUUAUUUUUUUUGGUUUUUAAAUGAUUUCCUAAACAAAGAAAUGUAACUGUACUGACUUUCUGAUGUUACUAAAUACUAGACCGUGAUAAUGGUGCAAGAUUAUGUUAUGUAGAGAUUAAGAAUGUGCUUUUAAGGCUGUACUUUUGUGUCUGAAGCAUCUUCUGAGCAGAGAUAUUAGUGCAUGUGCUAAAGUCGAGCAUCACAGUAAGCUUGAACGCAUCACCAUGUAAUCAGGUGAUACGGUGUAGUGUCUAAAGUUUGUACCAAGUCCAUUUUCUCAUUUUCAAAACGAUACCAAUAUUCUAGUACCAGUAGUACCGAUACCAAGUCACGAAGCCUGCUCAUCGCAAGCUUCAGUCACUAAGUUCAUUAAAUCGUUACAAGCAUGUCGGUGCGCUGUAGGACAGUUUAUGUCCCGUGGUUAAUGUGUAAAGAUCUGUGUUGUGUAUUUCAACACCACAUAAAAAGCAUCACCGGAUCGGAUAACCCGCCAGUUUGAACCCCUGAUCCAAUGCUGAUAUCGAUACUGUGAUGAGUAUGUCUUUUUAAAUAAUUGAACCACUAUCUGAGUUAUGGUUGCUCAUCAGUUUUUUUUUUUGUUUUGUUUUGUUUUUUUUUGUCCCACCACGACAAUGUAGAGUAUUUAUAAAUGUCCUGUUGAAGGAACGUUCUGGUAGCAGAUGUUACGAAUAAAGCUGUGUAGCAUGUCGGACCGGAUGGUGCUUAGCGUGUAGCAGUUGUGUUUCGCCUCACGAGCGUUCCCGGCGGCGUGUCGUUUUUCGCCCGGCGCAGUCGCCGACGUUUCGCUAUCCGGUCCUCUUUCACGAAGUCAGCUCGAAGCGCCAUCUCGAAACCCGUAGACCUUCCCCCCUUUUUCAGUGUUUCAGUGUAAAACGUGUGGAGCCAAAAGAGGUUAAAGUCCUUAGAAAGUGCCUUUCCUCAUGAUGGUGCUGAAGAAUCCGAAUUCAAGCGACAGAUCAAACCGUUUUCUUUAUCGUACCUUGCACACAUGCAGACGCAUGCACAAGCUUACAUUCACACAUUUUUCAUCUAAAGAACGAGGCUUGGUGAAGUCUCCGUGUAUAUUCAGUUAUAACGAUGAUAAUAUAUGCCAAGUAUAUAUAUUUAAAUAAAAUUAAAAAACAACCAUAUAUAUGAUUGAGCUCUGGGGUUUGUGUCCGGACCAGCGGGGGGGGAUUGGUACCCAGCGUGACACGGAGAGAGAAGCCUAGCACAGCACUUUAAAGACUGCCACCCAAACAGGAAGUAAAGACUGAUUUUUGCUUUCUGAUUUAUUUAUUUAUUUUUUUAAUCUUCUAAGCACGUUAGGCAUGUGCCGGACAAAAUAUCCUCACUAUCCCAGCAUCCCGUUUGGACGGACGUUGCCUGGACAGGCGGCUUUUCGGGGCAAUGUUUGCAUUUUGAAGGUAGUGCAGUUUCACUGCUCAUUAUUAAAAUUCUAAUGAGUGGAAAUCCGCCCCGCCCCCAGGCGGAACGAGACUGCUCAGCAGCUCCUUAUAAGGAACUCGCAAGGCAUCGUGUAGUUUCAAUGACAUUCGCGACGUCUACCCGAGACCGCUCGAUUACAUUCGGAUAAGUCUGUGACGAAACUUUAGGCUGGUAUGUAUGAAUUUAAUAUUGGCACAUGCCUGUUCAACAGGUCUAGGUUUUCUGCUUGGCUCCCCGCUGGUUUGAGUUCGCUUCAAGUGGCUCGGUCAGCUCUCGUGCAAUGCCCUAUAGAAAGUACUUACAGAUAUCAUAUGAGUCUAUUUUAUUAUCUUCGUUAUCUUUUGACCCGGAGUAUUAGGGUCGAGAAUUAGAGACCCCUCGGGCGCUCGUCGGUCACAUGGGUGCCCGUCGGUCCAGGAGGAAAUACCUCUUACAAGAGAUCUCGAAACACUGCACCUCACUGACCUUGGUAUGCUGCAAAUGUUCAAUUAAACGAGUUAAACUGCAAACAUUGCUUUGAUUACAGUAUCAGUGCUAGACUUAAUGCCUGACGACAUUUAUCCUUAACUAUUUGAGUAGAUAUAAUUGUAAGAAGUGUUCUUUUGUGCGUGUGUGUGUGUCUCUUUAACACUUCUUUGUUUAUUGAGCCAACUUUUCAUUUUUUUUUUUUUUUUUUAUGUCUUAUUUAAUUUUUCUUUUUUUCUUUUUUUUUUCUUUUAAUAUAUUCGAAAUAUAUGCGAAAUAUUUUACGGUGUAUUUAUUAAAGCGUUCUAAAUUGCGGCUGGAGGGUCCGCAUAGCAGGCAGCGUUGUGGAGGGGGGAAAGGAGGGGCAGCAAGAGGGCACCAAAUCCCAAACGAACAGUAACAGUAACACUGUCCUGUUAAACGAGAGCCCGUCAGAUCCGGUGCCGAAGAGCCGGUUUCUUUUUCAAACCGAGUCUCCCGGAACCGUCUGGUUUCCCUGAUUUAGUACCGGGACAGAAUCCAAUGACCCGGUCGGGUUCAAUCAGAAGUGUGCGGAUUUAUCAAUUGUACACUAUUUUGCAGUACGUACUCAACACCUUACAGUAUUAUUAUUAUUAUUAUUAUUAUUAUUAUUAUUAUUAUUAUUAUGGACUGCUAAAAAAAAACAAACAUCAUUACCCCUGUGUUAGAUAUGUUGGUGCUUCAUUCAGAAGGUGUCCUCGUUUUGGACAGAAAUGGCCUGCGUAGAGAAGGCAAUCCCACAAUUCUGUUCACCAUACUGUAGAGACGAGCACUUUUAGUUAGGAUAAUACAGACGUCAAUUCACGUGAGAGACCUUAUCGGGACUGGAUUUUGUACAUCAUCUCUAAACGCCGUGAAGGCGACUGAGGACCUGAGGUUGUGUUAAGGCAUAUUCCAGUAUCUUCAAGAAAUGAUUCUGAUUCUUAGGCGUGAUGUGGAGCAGAGUUACUGUUACCACGUCAAAGUUGAUUAUUCACCUAUAGCGGCACGUCCUGAGUCGAUUUAUUCCUCUUAUACCACAGCAAAUUGCUAACUAUUACUACUUUUAAAAUCUGUCGCACGUAACGUCAAAUGUCCGCAAAAAAGUUUGUUCCCGUUACCACUUGCACUAUACCAGCUAAAAACAAUCGUUCUGUCAUCGCCCUUUCUUUUUUUCCUCUCUCUCCUAUAAAAUGGACAAGACCAAAAAAAAAAAUAAAAAUAAAAAUGCAGAUUGUCAUGAUUGUUCUUGAGGAACCGAAAAAGCACAAAUUCAGACUGUUACCAAGGAGCUGACGCUGGAGACUCCUUCCAUAGACGCUGAAUAAACGUCUCCUCGCAGAAAACUUAGGAGUAGGAGUUUGCUGUAGAAAUGAGAAGGUCGCUUUAGAAGCCAUGACGUUUAGAACAUUCUUACAGGAUUACAGCCAGCAAAAAAAAAAAAAAAACCACUGUCAGUCAUCAACACCUUUUGACGAAUCAGAUUUGAGAAUUCAACAGCGCUGUGGUAUAAAUGGUAUAAUUCCGACGUUAAAAUCUUACGUCGCGUUGAGGAUAAACUUUUGAUCAUUGUCUGGGACACUGGGAAUGAUUUCACCGUUGAGGCCCGGUGGCUUCGGGGCCCUCGCUAGCACGGGGUUUCAUCCUCCCGUCCAAAGACAUGCGUUGUAGACCGAUCGUCACUUCUAAAUUGUCCGAAGUGUGUGCGAUUCGUGUCCUGCGAUGGGUCGGCAACCCCGUCCGCGAUUUCACCUACCCUUCUGCCCCGAGUUCCCUGCAAUAGGCUCCACUCUCCCCUACGAUCCUGUGUAAAAGAAUAAGCAGUAUGCAGAAUGAAUGAUUGAAUGGAUGGACAAUUGCUCAGUUCAGCAUGUUUCUCCUCAGUGGAACUCUCAUCUAGUGAACGGAAUCAUGGGAUUGCCUGCUCGUUCGAAUUAAGGACCUGUCCCCAUGCUGCCGUCUGAAUAAGCCCGGGCUCUUCGAGAGCCUCGUCGUGAAUAGGACGUGACGAGAAUUUAGAAAUGAUUUGCAGGAGUUUGUCUAAUCGAUUAUUUGCACAAGCCCGUUCGGUGUUAACGACGAACUUAACACUACAUCCAGAGGAAAGGAAAUCGAGCUGCUCCACCCCGAACCCCUCUGAAUGCUGCUUAUUUUCUGUUUAGGGGACAGAGAACCACACUGACGAUACAAUAAACAAAGCUGACGUGUUUUCAAAUCCAGAGCUGCUAAAACUCCAGCCAUAGAAGUUCCCCUGCGUUCCGGGGCGGGCAGUUCGUAGUCGUGUGCUCGAGUGAGUCGUCUUUUGUGCCAGAGCCAUUUAAGGAGAGAGCAGGAAGUAAAACGAGUCCCAUUCCUCUCGGAUGACAUGAGCCUCAGCCUUAACUGUUGUCAGAUUAUUAUUAUUAUUAUUAUUAUUUUUUAAUUAUUAUUUCUGUUUAUUAAAUGCCUUAGUUUGUAUAGAGAAGUAUGCUAACUCGCAGUCGCGUCUUAUAAACCACUAACUGUGCGAACCCCCACGUGUGAAAACGUCCUACUCGUCCAUGUACGGCUCCUCCAGUCCAGCACGAUCUAAGACAGUCACGAUCUGACAGCCACAGCUCGUACCACCGUCUCGUCAUCGAUCGCAGGUUUCGUCUUCAGCCAUUAGUUCAUUUAAUGAAGGGGGGGGACAGAACCAUGCAGUUCCGGUGGAGUUCACGCAUGGAGAGUAACGCACAUGCACAACUGUUCCUGAAUUUGUGGAUUGUUUACAAACAGUUGUUUACUGAAAACGUCAAGCUCCAGCAUUCCAAAAUGACGACUGUGGACGCCGAAUAGCGUCACGAGUUAGCAGAUCGAAAAAAAGAAAAAAAGUUCCUUUAAUUUUUCCUCUAAAUGCAUCGUCUUUCGUGUCCGUCCACGGCACGGGACGCUGAACUCCACGACAUCUUCAAAAGAGUAAAGUUUAUCCCUAGAGGAACCAAAGUAUGCACUCUUUCAGCUAAGUGUCCUUCAGGACUGUCCUUCAGCUCGGGGGGUCUCAAGGACGUUCUUCACGAAUGUUUCAUGUUCCAGGAGCUCCAUGACUCUGUCUCCCUCUCUCUCUCUGUGUCGCUACACCAAGGGGUCUUUUUAUUUUACCUUUAAAAGUAUUUCUUAUGUAUGUUUUGUAACUCUUUCUCUGAUGGCCUUUUAGUGUUGCUUUGCCUUAGAUUGAAGUGUAUCUUUCACUACUAAUUGCAAUAAAACAAAAGCUUUGCUUUUA